CGACUUGGAGGCGCACCGGCUCCACAAACGAGAAACACCGCACCAUGGCCUCGCUCUGAGCCGCUAAACACGACAGUGGUGUACGUAACGAACCGGCAUCCGUCACCAUCGACGCCCUGAUCAUGGACCCACGGUCCAGAGGCUUUUUUCGGGGCCAUCGGAGUUGUCAGUAGUACUCCCAAAGUACUAUAUUGUUUGAUUUUGUGCACUGGCACUUUUGCACGCCCGGGGAUUUAAACCGAAGUGACAGCAGCAGCGCUCGCCCCGGCUGCCGGUUAGCUAACUAGCACGCUAAGUCAGUAGCCAAGAAAAGGGCAUCCAUCUGCUGUUGGAGUAAAGGACACGGAAACUACAACACAACUACUUUCAGUAACAGAAGGCUGAUCAGAGGCAGAUCCCCCGACUACAACCCGUACACCACACUCACUACUGAUUCCCGCAGAAAGGCUGGCAACACAACGCCACCCUAAUGCAGAACCAUAAAAGAGUGUGAAAUGAACAAACCACCACAGCCUAUAACGGGACCCACCUCUGUCCCAAACCCUGCCCCCUCCCCUGGAUUGACACAGGCUGCCUACGGCCAAGGACAGCCCCCUUCUCUGGUUUUUGCCACCCCUCCACCUCCACAAAUGAACUCUGCACCCCAGACAAGACAGUUUGCUGCAGGGCCCCGUCCUUUACACCAACAGACAUACUAUCCAAACCGCCCAGCCAUGGCCACCAGUGCUCCAAGAGUACAGACAAGUAGUGGCCCCAGACCUGUUGGACCUACCCAUGUCUACCCGCCCAACUCCCCGAUGAUGAUGAUUUCCCAGCAGCAGCUGUCUUUCGCUGGAUCCCCUCAGGGCUACUUCAUCCCCCCUCCUGGACAGUACCGGGCCCCAUACAUGCCUCCAACUCAGCAGUAUCCUGUGACCACCGGUACAGCUGGCUUCUAUCCGGGAACCAGCCCGGCUGAAUACACUGCUUAUGCAGGAGCAUAUUAUCCUGCUCAGCCACAGUACUCUCCGUCUGUCCAGCCCGCACCGGUCAUGAUCAACCCCCCCCAGCAACAGCAACAAGCCCCGCCUCCUCAGCAGCAGCCGCCACAGCAGCAGCAGCAGCAGCAGCAGCCGCAGCAGCAGCAGCCGCCGGCACAGGCACAAGGCCCACUAAAGAGGGAACGCAAACCGAUAAGAAUACGAGACCCCAACCAGGGCGGGCGUGACAUCACAGAGGAGAUAAUGUCAGGUGGAAGGUCCACCACCACACCGACUCCCCCACAGGCCUCCAUAGCAGAUUUAAGUCCUCCACAGACCAAUGGUGAAGUUGUACAGCCUGUCGCUACAGUGACAAGACAAGAUGAUAACAUGGAGCCUGCUGUUGGUGCUGAAACCCCUCCACCUCCUGCCACAGCAGACACAGAGCCUGUGCUGGAGGCCAAACAGGAAAUGAUCAGCCAGAUGUCUGUGUGUGCUGAAUCCGAUGCACAAUCUGUAGCCCCCUCAGCUGCUACUGAGGAUCCAUCCCCAUUGAUAAAAGACGAGCUGUCUCCCUCUUCCAUCCCUCCUGUAGUAGCAUCUAUUACAACUACUACUCCUGCUGAAGCAGUAAAGAAAGACGUUACUAAAGUCAGUGACACAGUCGAUGCUCCUGUCAGCCCUUCAGCAUCAAUAGCAGCACAAGAGGUCAAAAUAGAGGAACCACAGGCUGCCCCAGCUCCACCUGAGAAGGCACCAGAAAAGGAAGAAAAGAUAACAGAGGAAGUGAAGAAAGUUGAAAAAGAGGACCAGGUGGCUAGUUCCAAGGUGGAGCCUGUAGUUGAAGAUGCAGCGAUAGUUACCCCUGUUAAAGUGGCAAAAGAAGAAGUCGUGGCAAAAGAAGAAGCCGUGGCAAAGGCUUCAACUGAAAUCUCUCAGCCUCCACCCUCUGUACAGGAACAUGCUGUUCCAGAGACCCAGAGCGCUGUCCUCAACUCUGCACCUGAACCCGAACCUGAACCCAAACCUGAACCCGAACCUACUCCGGUUGUAACAGCAGAGCCUCUCCUCUCCAACGGUCUUCCUCAGAACGUUGAGGAACUGUCAGAGGAUGUUGCGCUUUCAGACACUACAUCCCUUGACAAGCCUGAUGCCUCUCAAUCUCAGGAAUCCACACCUGUAGCUAAAAUGGCAGCACCAACCCAGGAAGAGGAAGAGGAGGAGGAGGAGGAGGAGGAGGAGAAGAAGGUGGAAGAGGAAAAGGAGAAAAUAGAGGAUGUCCCUCUUGCCCCUAUCAGCUGCCCUACAGAGCAAUCUACUAUGCAAGCUGCUACGUCUCUGCCAAAGAAGAGGAGGAACAUGAAGGAGCUCAACAAAAAGGAGGCCAUUGGAGACCUCCUGGAUGCAUUCACAGAUGAGCAGGAGCCCAUGCCUGCUUCUGAACCUGUGCCCGCUCCGGCCGAGCCUGUCCCUGUUGCUCCAGCUGAACCUCCUGCUGAGGUCGUGGAUGAGACUUGGGAAGAGAAAGAGGACAAACAGAACUCAGUACCUGACAAGCCCAAAGCCACAUACCAGUACAAAGAAGAACAAUGGAAGCCGAUAAACCCAGAAGAGAAGAAGCAGUACGACAGGGAUUUCCUCCUGGGCUUCCAGUUCAUCGGCGCCAGUAUGAACAAACCUGAGGGUCUGCCCACCAUCAGUGAUGUGGUCCUGGACAAGGUGAACAAGACUCCCAUGCGACCUGUUGACCCAGCUCGACUAAUUAACGUUGGUCCUGAUUUUACUCCCUCAUAUUUGGGGAAUCUUGGGAGCAGAUCAGUGGGAGGACCACGAGGCCCACCUCCUGGGCCACGUCGCUCCCAGCAGGGUCAGCGUAAAGAACCCAGGAAAAUCAACAUCAGCAGCAUGUCCUUCAAUGAUGACGUGCAACUCAACAAGGCUGAGAAGGCCUGGAAGCCAUCAGUGAAGAAGUCCACUCGAAGCCGCGCUGCAGAGGAAACCGAAGAAGAUGAGACUGAACAGGGCAAGACUCGGGAGCUGUUCAAGCGUCUGCGCAGUAUCCUCAACAAGUUGACUCCUCAGAAGUUUCAGGAGCUGAUGAAGCAGGUGACGGAUCUGGCGAUAGACACGGAGGAGAGGCUGAAAGGAACCAUUGACCUCAUCUUUGAGAAGGCCAUCUCAGAGCCCAACUUCUCUGUGGCCUACGCCAAUAUGUGCCGCUGCCUUAUGGGAUUGAAAGUCCCCACGUCGGACAAGCCAGGAGCUUUUGCCAACUUCCGUAAACUGCUGCUUAACCGCUGUCAGAAAGAGUUUGAGAAGGACCAGGAUGAUGAUGAGAUCUUUGAGAAGAAGCAGAAAGAGAUGGAGGCUUCCAAAGAUGAUGAAGAGCGUGAGCGCAUGAGAGUGGCGCUCAAUGAUGCCAGAGACCAGGCCCGCCGGCGCUCACUGGGAAACAUUAAGUUCAUAGGCGAGCUCUUCAAGCUGAAGAUGCUUACUGAGGCCAUCAUGCACGACUGUGUAGUGAAACUUCUAAAGAAUCACGACCAAGAGUCUCUGGAGUGUCUCUGCAGGCUGUUCUCCACUAUUGGAAAAGAUCUGGACUUUGAAAAGGCCAAGCCUCGUAUGGAUCAGUAUUUUCACCAGAUGGACAAGAUCAUCAAAGAGAAAAAGACUUCAUCCAGAAUCCGCUUCAUGCUGCAAGACGUCCUGGACCUCAGAAAGUGCAACUGGGUGCCUCGCAGAGGAGAACAGGGUCCUAAAACAAUUGACCAAAUUCACAAGGAGGCGGAGAUGGAAGAGCACAGGGAACACAUCAAAGUACAGCAGCUCAUUUCCAAGGGAGGUGGAGGUGGUGGAGGCAGGAUGGGAGGGGACAGGGGGGACAGAGGGGACAGAGGGGACAGGGGGGGCCGAGGGUCCCACACACCAGGAGGUGGCCGUAAUAACCCGCCUCAGGAUGAGGGAUGGAACACUGUGCCCAUCUCCAAGAACAGACCUAUCGACACCAGCCGCCUUAGCAAGAUCACCAAGCCCGGUGCUCUGGACUUCAACCUCACAAUGUUGGCUCCAGGAGGCAAAAGCCUUGCCGGCAGCUGGGGCAAAGGCAGCAGUGGAGGAACUGGCGCUAAACCAGCCAGUGGAGAGCAAGAUUCUGGUCGUCCAGCUCCCAGCACCAACCGAUUUUCUGCCCUUCAGUCUGGUUCUUCGUUGUCUUCAUCCGACUCCGAUCGCAGAGUUCCUCAGAGGUCAAGCUCCAGUCGUGAGCGCGGUGGAGAUGGGGGCGACCGCGAGAAGGAUCGCUUUACUCGCAAUGAGGUACGGGAAGGUCGUGACGACAGGAGCAGCAGCAACCAAAUCACAAAGAGAAGCUUCAGCAGAGAGUCGCAGGAGCGUGGAGGGAGGGCUGGAGACAGCCGGACCUCGGCUGACCCUGUGCGUCGCGUCGCCAGCAUGACUAACGACAGGGACCGCGGAAGUCGGGACAGGGGAAGCAGAGACCGAGGAAGCAGAGACCGAGGAAGUCGGGACAGGGUUCCAAGCCAAGAUCUCACAGCUAAGCGUGAGAGCGCCCCCACUCCUCCUCCUUCUCUCCCUAAACCUACUUUGACUGAGGAAGAGUUGGAGAAGAAGGCAAAUGCCAUCGUUGAAGAAUACCUCCACAUUAAUGACUUGAAGGAGGCGCUGCAGUGUGUGGUAGAGCUCAACAGUACCUCGCUGCUGUACGUGUUUGUGCGGACCGGCGUGGAGUCGACGCUGGAGCGCAGCACAAUCGCUAGAGAGCGCAUGGGCCACUUGCUGCACCAACUUAUAAAGGCAGGGACAUUGCCCACACCACAGUACUACAAAGGGCUAGAAGAGAUCCUGGAGGCAGCCGAAGACAUGGCCAUAGAUAUACCUCACAUAUGGCUCUACCUGGCUGAACUCAUUACCCCCCUGCUCCACGAGGGAGGCAUCCCUAUGGGACAGCUCUUCAGGGAGAUCUCCAAGCCUCUCCUCCCCCUGGGGAAGGCUGCUGUGCUGCUGGUUCAGAUCCUGAAGCUGCUCUGCGACGGAAUGACACCUAAGAAGGUCGGGGCCAUGUGGACAGAGAGCGGGCUGAGCUGGAGUGACUUCUUGCCCAAGGACGAGGACGUCAACGCGUUUGUCACUGAACAGAAGAUGGAUUUCACCACAGGAGAAAUGACGGAGUCAGUGGAAGAGGGUGUAAAGAAAGCCCUGAGUGGAGAGGAGCUCAGUAAACAGCUGGACAGACUCCUCGAGGAAAAGGCCGACAACCAGCGCAUCGGUGACUGGGUAGAGGCCAACUUGGACGAGCAGCAGGCGACUUCCAACCAGUUUUUACGAGCAUUGAUGACAGCAGUGUGCCAGUCCGCCAUCAUAUGUGACAACCCGUACAGGGUGGAUCCAAGUCAGAUCAAACAGAGAGCCAGUCUUCUGCAGAAAUACCUGUCUGACGAGCAGAAAGAGCUGCAGGCCCUCUGCGCCCUCCAGGCUCUGAUGGUGCACAUGGAGCAGCCUGCGAACCUGCUGCGGAUGUUCUUCGACGCCUUGUACGAUGAGGACGUCAUUAAAGAAGAGGCCUUCUAUAAGUGGGAAACGAGCAAAGACCCUGCGGAGCAGACGGGCAAAGGUGUGGCCUUGAAAUCUGUCACCGCCUUCUUCACCUGGCUCCGCGAGGCAGAGGAGGAGUCUGACAAGGAAUAAAAGAGUGAACUGAAUGCUGCCACGCCCCCCUUUGGCUAGGUGGUGGCUCUGCAGGCGGCUCUGGAGAGUUGUGGACAAUAUUGCCAGAGAGGCAGACUCAAAUCAAUCCUCAGUGAGGAUAAAUCUUUAUUAUUAUUUUUUUUUCCUUUCAUGGAGGGUGGACUUGGAAAACAAUCAUUUCUCUCGACCCUCCCCUUCUUGCUUCCUCAUUAUGUCCUCACCUGCUUGUCACAGCAAGUGUCCUAAUCAAAUAAACUUGAAAACUGA